UAAUUCAUAUUCCAAUAACCAAAGUGGAUAAACAUCAAGACUCCAUCUUGAAAACACAUCCUACUCAAAAAGUAUAUAGUAGAUAAAGAUUUGUGAAAUUGGGUAAGCAUAUAUUGGCAGGCAGUUCAAAUAAACUGUGAUUCGAUUUCGAUUUUGACAGUAGAUGGAAAGAUUUAGCAUUGUCAACCAUAUAUUUAGAUGGCUAUUCCUAAGUUAGCCAAGAAAGGUUGGGAAUUCGUAAGGAGAAAAGAGGAAAAAGGAUAAAAGAUUGUAGUGGGGAAUCAUGAGCUUGAAAGGGGGUUUAACAGUGAAGAUGACAUAAGCAUCGUUCCCUACAGAACCAAGCAUCACUGGGUGGGGUUACUGAUUGGGAUGACAUAAAAUAAAUAACAUCCCAUCUAACUUCCAUUACACUCUGAUACAUUUGUCUGUUAGUUUUUUCUUAUUUGGAACUAACCUUAAAAGGGAUUCUAAUAAGCAUUUUCUUAUCUACUCAACUUACCUUGAACACGAGAACGCAUCCAGGAUGAUCGAGGGAGAUGAAACAACUCUUGCAGCAACAGCCAAGGAACAACCAGGUGAAGUGAUGAACAGAGAUAAGAACAGCGAUGAUGGAAGUGAACAUGACGACAACCCCAAAGAGUGGUUAAACUUGAGCUUAGGAGGCAGUUCACUCCUGACAGCUGAAGACCCUGAUUCACAAUCAAGACCGGCCAAAGUUUUCUCGUGCAACUUUUGCAUGAGAAAGUUUUUUAGUUCACAAGCAUUAGGAGGUCAUCAGAAUGCUCACAAAAGGGAAAGAGGUGCAGCCAGAAGAUAUCAAUCUCAGAGUCAGAGGACGAUGGCACUAAUGAGCAUGUCCAUGAAUAAUCCAAUGUUUCGAUCACUUGGUGUCCAGGCUCAUUCACUAGUGCAUAAGCCAUGUAAAGGAGGAACUAUGGUGGUUCCAAGCUUUCAAGAAACAUAUGCAGCAGGGCUCGGAAUGGCAUGUGCACCUUUCACGUCUGAAUAUCAUGCAGACCAGGUGUGGCCAGGUAGCUUUCGUAUGGUUUCACAACAGCCCCAGCCACCACAGGAAUCACUCAAGCUUGAUUUAGACCUCAGACUCUGAUAAUUUGUUGGCUCCCCUUGACGUCUUAUCCUCCUUUUCAGCCUGACGAGCUUUUUCAUUGAUCGAAGCAGGACAAAUACUCAUCAAAAUAUAAGCAUGACACUUACUCAGGUAGGAGACCCUUGAUCUGGAAGAGUCAAAUAACUUACCAAAUGGUACUGCAUAGUUAUGAUAGGAGAUUUAGUGAUUUAUAGUUUCUACUGUAUGUAAAUGACUACAUGUUAAGCGCAAUAAAAACCAAAUUAUAACACCCUAGCUAUCUAUAGUAGUUACUUAAUGCCUGAAGUAGUUCCUGAUGUGCAGUGCUCACUUUACAUAUGUUACAUUGUUACUAACCUAGGAAAUGUGAGACUUUAGCUACCUGGCCUUAAAAGCUGACUUCCAAACAAUGUCUUAGACUCUUAGUUAACAUAAACAUAAUGUUUAAAAUUUUGCCUGCAAGGACUAGUGCAAGCACUUUACCAUUUGGGAUUUGGGUUCACAACAAUCAAUAGUUCCUAUAAUCAACCGAUCGAUAGAGGUUGGAUUUGACAAAUUGACAGCUCAAAAUCUCAACCACCCAAUCUUCAUAGCUCAACCUCAAACAUCCAAAUCUAUUAUCCAGCAUUUGAAUGUUUGGUGUUUUCAAGAAGGGAUGCUUCCAUAUAGGUAGAGAGCUUCAAAUCUAAAAUCAGCAAACUAAGAUGUAUUUCAAUUUCAAUAGAUAAACACAGUUGAAACUUUGAAGCCUCGUGAGUGGAUGCUUACUAACACCCGUCAGUAGACAGGAAAAGAAAUAUAUUUGUUUCAGUACUUCAAAGUCAGUAUGUUAUUCCUAUUCAAAAUUUAUGGGGCUUUCUCUAUAAUUAUAACUAUGUUGAAAGUGAGUCAAGUGAGCAAUGUCAAAUAUGAAUGGACACA